AUGUCACUGAGCUGCCUGGUACUGCAGGCUCACUGUAGCCUUGCUUCCACCUUUGCCAGGCUUCCCGAAACCACCAAGGCUACGUGUUUAGUGUUAGGGGAGCCUGAGAAGGACGAUGAGAAGGAAAGUGCGGACGACGGUCUCAAGGAGGACACCAAGGCAGCGCCGGAGUCCGAAGAGGCGGACCAGAGCCUCGAGAAGGAGGGCAAAAGCUCGGCCUCGGCCGAGCUGAAGGACAAGGACGACAAGGAGGAGAAGGAGGAGAGGGAGGAGAAGGACGAGAAGGACGAGAAGGAGGAUGGCGAGGACAGAGGGGAGACGGAGGACAAAGACCAGAAGGAGGAAAAGGCGAUGCGCGAAAGCGAAGGCGAGGAGGAGGACAAUGCGGACACCCUCAACCCCGAGAGUGCCGAGGCCAAAGAUGACAAGGAAAGCCGACAAGAUUCGAAGGACUCCGGCGACAAGCAGGAGGGCGAGGAGACGGAGAAGGAGGAGGAUGGGGAUGAGGAAAAGAGCCAGAGUACCGAAGCCAUGAUGAAGCAAAGCGACAAAGAGCUGCUGCAGGAGCUAGUCGCAGCUGCCAAGUGGGCGAACCGCGAGGAAGCCAAGCCAAAAACCGCCGGCGAAGACACGGAGUCGACGGCAUCACCACACAGGAAGAAAGAGCAGAACAAGCACGGGCAGGACCCACCUGUGCCGGCCGACGAGCCACACGAUUUCCGUGACGAGGACCUCGUGGAGUCCGAGCUCGAGGAGACAAUGCUUCCAAAGAAGAAGCCCUCCGGAAGAGGCAACAGACAAGAGCGAGCUACCCAUCCGCAAAAGCAUUCGAAGCCGGCGACAGCCAAGAAGCACGAGGCGGAAGCAUCUUCGAGCUCUGUCGAGGCAGACGCAGAGCAGGAAAAGCCCAAAAGUGAGGAAGGCCUGAAGCCAAGCGACAGAGAGCUACUGCAGGAGCUUGUGGCUGCUGCCAAGCUGUCGUCGGCCAAAGAGGAAGCGAAGAGGAAUGCCAGCCACGCUGCCUCUGCCGAAGACAGGGAGUCGAAAGCACCCUCACAGAGACCGAAAGAGCAGAAGGAGCCUGGCGAGGACCAGCAUGCCGAGGAGCCCGCUGGGGAGUCCUCCAAGGCCGGUGACGAGGAUUCCUCCGAGGAUAGUGCAGACGGCGCAGACCUCGUGGAGACCGAGGAAAACUCGCCUCCCAGCAAGAAGGCAUCACGGAAAGGCGGUUCCAAAGAAAGGGCCAGCCAACACCAGAAGCAUUCGAAGUCUGCAUCUGUCAAGAAGAUCUUUGGCAGCACGGGCUUUGCAGGAACGGAUAAGAGUUUGCAGCCCAGGCACAAGAAGGGCGGGUUCCACGUCUAUGUCGAGGCCGACGGUGUGCUCCUGGAGCAAG